AUGAGUUCAAGUGAAGAGCGAGCAUAUCAUAUUCAAAACUCAUUGAACUUCUUUGCAACAGAUAGAGGAGCAUCGGUUGAGGACUGGAUGACAAUGUCAGACAUGGGUCUCUUGAUUGCUUUGAGGUAUAAUGUCAUACUACACGUUCUUAGUCAGUUACAGAGCUUGACAUAUUUGCCACUUCGAUCAACUCCUCCACCGCUAUAUCAACAUGUUGCUAUAGCUAUUGGGCACGUAAAUAAUAAUAAUUACGUUCGGGUUGCGUUGACAGAGGGUUACCCGAUGCCUCCCAUUAUGUAUCAAUGGAAACACUUUCGGUAUGAUUGUGCACCUAUAUGGGCUACGCCUUACAUGGAACAACUUGAUGCGUUCAUGCAGUAUACUUGUUCUAGGUUCCCUCUUGAAAUUAUUGUGUUAGAAGAUUAG